AUUAAACCCUCACUCAACCGAACCUUGGAGGCCUCUUCCCUGUGAACAUUCGAGGGUUGUUUCCCUUUUUUCAGUCACUUCGAUCAACACUUCCACUCUCCACAAGCUUCGCCUUCCCGGCGUCGCCAUUCAUUAACAGAUCCAAUCUAAGUUCUCCCCUUCGGCGUCGGCUUCUUCCAAUCGCGAACCAGAAAUGGCAAUCUCUUCUCAAGCUCCUGAUAUUCAAGGAGAGCGUCAAUCUGGCCAAGACGUUCGCACACAGAACGAACAACAAAAUUCUUACCUAAAAUUUAGUAACGUCGAUUUCCCACAAGACGUUGCCGCCGGUUUGAGUGCCGAACGAAUAAGCCUUCCUCCUCUGUGGUCCAGAGAAGCCGCCAUGUGGAGGAGAACCAAUGCAUCCAAGGACUUGGAGAUUGCAUCAUGUUUGAUGGGGACUUUCUAAGUCUUGAAUCCUCGAUCAUGGUCGUAAAUGAGACUGUUGAUGAGGCCUUGAUUGGCUAUGGUUGUGGUUGAGGCGGUGGUGGCUUUAGGGUUUUUGUUUUUGAGUUUCAAAAUUUGGAGGGAGUGGGCGAGGAAGGGAGAAUAAAUGGGGCAAUUAUUG